AUGGCCUACACACGCCAACAUAUGGAGGACUACACCGCGGCCGCCCCGCAAUUUGAGGUUCUUGUGCGGAGCAUGGGCGGAUCGACCUUGAACUACCAGAUGGACAAGAACGCCAUCGUCGGAGACUUGAAGCAAAGGAUUUCGAAUCAGACUCGGGUGAAGUACCACGAGAUCAGACUCAUCCAUCAGCAGGUCACCCAGGCAGGGCAUCAGAACGUCGAACCGGACACCUUCGACAAACUGCACAGGCUCCUGCCGAACACACGCGCCGGUCCGUUGGAGAUUCAGCUGGUCGUCACCGCGUCGUGUCGUUGGUGCAAUGUCCGGCUUGAACAGCCACCCAUCCUGGAGACUGAGAUUGGAGAGUACU